ACCUGUACUGCAACAUAGUCUCUCACUGAUUUAUGGAUUGAACUCUUCAGCCCAUUAUGAUGUCCAAUUCUGCACCUUCAUCUGAAGGAAAUUUUUUAUUAGAGAACUUUAUAAAAAUAAAUAAAUAAAAGAAGCUUUGAAAAGAGAAAGCAAAUGGAGCAGAUAAAGAGUCCCAGCAUCAGUGUCUCUUACCAAAACCAGUCUCAAAAUGGCAAAACUUACUUUCUCACAUUAACCCCUAGUUCACAUCCGACUAAACCUAACCAUUCCCAAGUUCCCAGAAGGAGAAAGAGACCCGCUAGUCUCUCUCCCUAUCAUUCUCCAAGACUUAGCACAACGCCUCAACCUUCGUAUCACUUCGGCUUGUUGUGCCUGUCUUAGGGUUUCUUUUCACUUCUUUGCUAUGAGACUACCAAAGAAAUUAGCUCUUAUUGCCACAACAAGUGGUCUUUUCUGGAAGUCAGCUGUAUAGGUCUUCUGAGGUGCUGCCGUAGGAUUUUGUUGAUCUUAUUGCUCAUGCUUUUAAUAUUGAGAAACAGCUGAUUCAUCAUAACAGUUUGCAGCACAAAUGGAAAGUUUUGGUGAAGCCUCUUUUAGCGGUGUCAAUUUCUCUGUGAAGAAGAAGAGGAGCAGUGUAUCUCGCCGGCCUUGUUCUGAUUCACAGAAAUUUUCACAGAUUCAUACACUUCUGCCACAGUUCACACAAUCUUUAGGCAGUUGUUAUAAUGAAGAAGAAAGUGAAGCAAAAGUUGGUUCUGAUGGUCUGAGAAGUCAGAACAAGCUAAAGAAGCUUAAACUGAAGCUUGGUGGUGUUACUCACACAAUACAUGCUAAGUAUGCAUCAGAAUCUUCUUCAUGUUUUGAUAUCCAUCAGCCACAAGAGAAGUUUCUUUUUCAGGAGUCUUCUUUCAGAAAGGAUCAUUCUAUGAGAGGAAAGAUGCAUGGUGAAAGUUUUUAUGUGAAUGAAACAUGCAAAAAUGAGCCAGCUCGAAAGAGUAAGCGGAUUCCUAAGAGACGUGUAAUGGACAUGGGAUUUAAUGAAGAUGAUGAUGCGGAUGAGGAAAUCCGUUACCUUGGAAGAAUCAGUGAUUCUAAAGUUUCUUCAGAUGGCAGGCAAAUGGAGGAUGAAAUUUAUGCUGAUAUGAGAGAUUAUCGACUAUCAAACUUGGGCAAAGAUGGAGCAACGAAGUUAAGAUCAGAAAAAUUCUAUGACGAUGGAGACUAUGUGGAAGAUGAAAAACUUAUAUCAGAUGAUGAGCCUGGAUAUAAAAGCAAGAAACUAGGAUUUGUUGAAGGAAGGAAUAAAAACAAUGCCAGUCUGAUUGAGUUCCCAAAUGGUUUGCCUCCUGCCCCACCUAAAAAACAAAAGGUGAAACUCUCUGAAGUGGAGCAGCAACUGAAGAAAGCUGAAGCUGCACAGAGGCGCAGAAUCCAAUCAGAGAAGGCAGCUAGGGAGGCUGAGGCUGAGGCAAUCAGAAAGAUACUUGGUCAAGAUUCUGGAAGAAAGAAAAAGGAGGAAAAGAUGAAGAAAUUGCAUGAUGAAUUGGCUCAGGGAAGGGCUGCCAAAUCAAGUACACUGGGAUUGAAUACCAUAAGAUGGGUGCUUGGUCCUACUGGAACUGUUGUUAUUUUUUCUGAUGACAUUGGUCUGCCAAAUAUAUUCAACUCAGUGCCAUGCAGUUAUCCUCCACCUCGUGAAAAGUGUGCCGGUCCAAAUUGUACAAAUGUUUACAAAUACCGCGAUUCCAAGUCAAACCUUCCGCUCUGCAGUCUCCAUUGUUACAAGGCAAUACAUGGAAAGGUGCAAGCUCUAAUUACCUGUUGAUACAGUCUCUGCUAUUUUCCUAGGUUGAUGAAGAAAUCGUUGAUGCUAUAUUUUGUAACCUUAAUUUGGUUGAAUUCUAACAUGUUUAGUCUUAAAGUGAGCUCAAAUUAAUUUAACCAAGGGCUUUGGCAUUUAGCUUGAUAUGUGAUGUUUCUUCCUUAAA